AUGAUGACCGGCAACGCAUCAAGUUCCCAAGCUUCUCAGGUUCAACCGGACGUGCGCAGGCGAUGGCUGAAGGUGGGCGAGCAGGAGCAGCAGCUGCGCGCGCUGCUGGCCAGCAAGAGCCCUCGGAACGCGACGGUGCAGCAGCUGCGGGCGGUGAUCCGCGACUCGUAUGAGGCGCUGCUCUUUCUCGACUUCCGCUUCGCCGUCGAUCACGACGUGCUCUACCUGCUAUGGCGCCUGCACUACAGUCGCAUCGAGGAGUUCCGCGCGCAGAUCCGCCGCAUCCGUUCCGCGCCGGCCGCGUCCAAGGCGGGUUCCACGCAAGAUCGCCAGCCCGCGUCCGUCUCGAUCCUCUCCCGCGGGUCCCCCGCCACACGUCGUGCGCAAGCGCGUCCGCAAGGCGCGUCCGACGGGACGGGCGAGCGCGCGGAAGCGUCGACGGCGGCGAGCGCGGUGGCGGUGUACCGCGGGUUUCUGUCGGAGGCGGCGGGUUUCUUCCACGAGCUCGUCGGCAAGCUCAAGGCGCGCCGCGCCCUGCUGUGCGACCGCGGCGUCGCAGACUCGCAGUCGCAGCAGGGCAGGGCGGGCGACGGCGACAAGUGGCGCGCGGCGUGCCAGCAGUGCCUCGUGUACCUGGGCGACCUCGCGCGCUACCGGGAACUCGUCGUCGAUGGUGACAUGGCGACCCGUGAUUGGUCGGUGGCUGCUGGCUACUACAUGCAAGCGGCGCUCAUGCUGCCGUCCACUGGCAACCCGCACAACCAGCUGGCGGUGCUGGCGACGUACGUGGGCAGCGAGGUGGCGGCGCUGUACCGCUACUACCGCUGCAUCGCCUGCAAGCAGCCCUUCGCCACCGGCCGCACCAACCUGCUCGUCCUCUUCGACCAGAACGCCAAUCGCUGCAAUCGCCUGGGUGUGUCGGGGCCUCAAGCAGCACAAGGGGCGGCGCAGGAGGCAACGGGGCAGGCACAAGGAGCGCAAGGAGCGCCCGCUGAGGCACUGGCGAUGACGUGGAAGAAUCUGUGUACGCGAUUCGUGCGCCUCAACGGCAUCCUCUUCACACACGCCAGCCUGGAGUCCUUUGGCGCCGUGUAUCUGGCGGCCAUGAACGACUUGGAGCGCCUGCUCGCCGCACCGCCACACGCCCUGCACCCCCUGCUGGCUGCAGGGUCCUCCGCGUGCCCCACAGUCCCCGCCGCGGGCGCGGAGGCCACAGUGGUGGUGCAGAUGGUGGCGUGCCUCGUGUCCACCGUGCACGCCAUGCUCGCCCCGCACCACGCCUUCCCCUUCGCCCCUCGCACCGCCAGCGAUGCGGAUGACAUGCCCAGCGCGGGCGCGCCCCCCAGCACGGGCGCGCCCCCCGGCGCAGAGCUGCAGCAGCAGGCGGACCGCCUGCGCCACGCCGUCACGCUCGCCUUUGAGUUUGCCGUGGUGGUGCUCAACCGCCUGCUGCACACGCACACGCACCUGCUGCCACCGCUGCUGGCGGAGCAGCAGGCGGGCGUGCAGGGCCAGGGGGACGGGCAGGGCGAGGGCAGCGGUGGUGCAGCUGGGCUGUGGGAGGAUGUGGAGCUGAGGGGCUUUGAGCCGCUGCCGCAUGCAUGCAGUGAUGGGGCUAACGAGGCGCAGAGGGACGCACAGCUGGACGUGGACGGCUGGCAGGGCGGCAAGGGGGGUGCGGAGGGGCAGGAGGCAGUGUGGGCGCGGGGCAGGAGGGCUGUGCGCGCUGCCCUGUCGCUGUCUGGGUGGGUACAAGGUGGUGCAGGUGGGGCAGCAUGGGCGCCGGGGGACGGCAGCAGCAGCAGCGUGUUGCAUUUCAGCAGGCGGCAUGGGAGGUUCUUCAUCGCGUCACUCGUGGCAGAUCAGCUGCCCUCUCCGCGUGCUGCCACUGCACCACAUCCCGCACACGUGGCACAUGGCAACAGCGUGGGUGGUGCAGACAAGGCGGCAGCAGGGUCACAAGCCACUGCCUCCGCUGCUCCCUCCGCCGCUCCUGCUCGCCCUGCACCCGCGUCCAACCACCACCUGCCCGCUGCGCCCCUGCCUUGGGGUGCUGCAAGCAUGGGAAGCGCGGGGCAGGGGCUUGUUGGGGGGAUGGCAGGGGUGCAGGCAGGGGGCGAGGGGCAGGGCGAGGAGGACGGGGAGGGGGAUGGGGAGGAGGUGCCGCUGUGGGCGGUGGAGGAGCUGAUAGGCAUGGACAGCUCAGCGGAGCAGAGCGAGCAGCACAUGCGCGAGCUCAGUGCUCACACGCUCGCUGCUCACUCCGAGCGCCACAACGGGGUGCUGGCUGGCGGUGCUGCUAAUGGUGGCGUGGAGGAGCAGGAGGAGGAGGAGGAAAUGAUUGUGUUUCAGCCCUGGGCCUCCGGUGCUGCUGCUGCUGCUGCUGCUGUUGCGCCGCACGCCGCUGCUCCCAGGGCAACUGAAUCGGUUGAAAAAAUGGCGCCAGGGGUGCAGGCAGCAGGGGGUGGGGGCAGGGCAGGUGCGCAGGGGGGUGCAUGGCAGGUGUCUCAAGGGCUGCUGGCAGCAGGCGGUGAGGGUUUGGGUGGCGACUUCCUUGCAGGGCUCAGUGGCGCUGCUGCACCGCAUGCACACCAACUGACCCUGCAGCCACGCGUGCCGCCACCAGCAGUGCGAGGCAGCGAGUACCAGAGUGGUUUUCCGCAAGUGAGUGGGGUGGGAGCAGCGUGGCCCACAUCCCUCACCCACACCCCUCCAAGCGCAGCUGCUGCUCCCAACUCUUUCUUCGCCGGCCCCUCUGCUGCACCCCUUGCUGCAGGGCAACAGCCUUUCCCUCACCUGCAUGCGCAGCAGCAGACGGGCUACGAGGGGCAGCAGUAUGGGGGCGGGGUGCAGCGGGGCAUGGGCGCAGUGGAUCAGGUCAUGGCCUCCUCCGCCUUCUCUGCGCCCUCAGCACCACCACCACCAGGCAGCACUGCACACACAGGCGCUGCUCCCCUGCCCAUGCCAGCCAUGCACGCUGCUGCUGCCUCUCCAUCCAUGUCGCAGGCAGCAGCAGCGCAGGCCUCUCUGCAGCCGCCGCAGGCAGCAGCGGCGCCCAACUCAUGGCACUGGAUGCAGCACGCGCACCACCCCUGGGGGCCCUGA